ACGGAUCCUAUCAAAUAUUUUACAUUUUCUAUGAUCAUCUCUAUUUUAGGUAUUCGGGGAAUCCUCCUUAAUAGACGAAAUAUUCCUAUUAUGUCAAUGCCAAUUGAAUCAAUGUUAUUAGCUGUGAAUUCGAACUUUUUGGUAUUUUCCGUUUCUUCGGAUGAUAUGAUGGGUCAAUCAUUUGCUUCAUUGGUUUCAACGGUGGCAGCUGCAGAAUCAGCUAUUGGGUUAGCCAUUUUCGUUAUAACUUUCCGAGUCCGAGGGACUAUUGCUGUAGAAUUUAUUAAUAGCAUUCAAGGUUAA